AUGCCAGCUGAAUGUGUCAAAGUUAUUGUAAGAAUGCGUCCAUUCAAUCAAAGAGAAAAGGAGAAUGGAAGCAAGCCAUGUGUUAUAGUUUAUGAAGACACCAACACUGUGGAAUUGCGAAAUACAUAAGAUAAUGAUGUAAAAUCGUAUACAUAUGAUUACGUGUUUGGGGCAGAAACACCUCAAUUAUCUAUUUAUUAGAAGACUGCUUUCAAUUUGGUGGAGAGUGUAGCUGAUGGUUACAAUGGAACAAUAUUCGCAUAUGGUUAAACAGGUUGUGGUAAAACUUUCACUAUGAUUGGAGAUCCAUCAAAUGAAACGAUGAAGGGAAUCAUCCCCAGAACUUUUGAUUAAAUCAUCAGCAUUAUCAAUAAUAACUCAGACACAAACAAAAAAUUUCUACUUCGAUGUUCAUACAUAGAAAUUUACAAUGAAGAAAUACAUGAUUUAUUAAGCAAAGACGUGAAGCAGAAAUAUGAAUUAAAAGAGGGAUAACAAGGCGUGUUUAUUAAGGAUUUAAACAUAGCAGUGGUUAGGACAACCCAAGAAAUGGAUCGAUACAUGUAAUUGGGUACAUAAAACAGAUCAGUUGGAGCAACUGCCAUGAACAAGGAAUCUAGUCGUAGUCAUUGCAUCUUCACUGUAUACAUAGAAUGUUCUGUUACAGAUCCAAAAGGAAAUGAGAGAAUCACUGCUGGUAAAUUAAACUUAGUGGAUUUGGCAGGUAGUGAAAGGUAAUCAAAAACACAAGCAACAGGUGACAGAUUAAAAGAAGCAACUAAAAUCAAUUUAUCACUUUCUGCUUUGGGAAAUGUCAUAUCAGCCCUUGUUGAUGGCAAAACAUAGCAUAUUCCUUACAGAGAUUCUAAAUUAACUAGGUUACUAUAGGAUUCUUUGGGCGGAAACACAAAAACCAUAAUGAUCACAGCUAUCAGCCCUUCUGAUUUUAACUUUGAUGAAACUUUAUCUAGUUUAAGAUAUGCCUCAAGAGCUAAGAUGAUCAAAAAUCAACCUAAAGUAAAUGAAGAUCCAAAAGAUGCUUUAUUAAAAGAGUAGGCUGAAGAAAUCAAAAGACUAAAAGAAAUGCUGUCAAAAUAAGCAGCAGGUUAACCAAUAUCCUUUGAUAUUUUAUAACCUGCUGGGAAUUCAGGGAAUAAUUAAGAACUUGCAAGAUUGAAAGAGGAGAAUGAUAGAUUGAAAGAGAGGAGUAAACAAUAAGUUUCAGCUGCAGGUGGUGGCCCAUCGGAGGAGAAACUUAAAGAAUUACACGAGUUUAAAGAGAAAAAUAAUUAGUUGUUGCAAGAGAAAGAGAGAUUUGAGUUGGAAGUAAAGGAAAAAGAGUACUAAGCAGAAUAGGAGCGUUAAGCAAGGAAAAGAUUGGAAGAUUUAUUGAAGGAAAAGGAACAAAUGAUGGUGUAAGGUGGAAAAGGUACUGAAGAUGAGAAAAAGAAAUAUAAAAAAUUGAGACAAGCUAUUGAUCAAUCGAAAAAGGAGCAUGAAGCACUUAUUACUUAAUAAGAAUAACAAUAAUAGGAGCUUUUGUAAAUUGAAACUAAAUAUCAAAAUGUCUAAGAGGAAGUUGAUAAAUUGAGGAAGCUUGUCAAGUACUUGAGGAAGAAAUUGGAAGAGGCUUAAAAUGAAUAAAAAGAUCUGAAACAAGAGGUUGAAUAUGAAAAAGAAGAUCUUUUGGAUACUAUUAGAAGUUAGGAGAAAGAAAUUAAAUUGUAUUCUGGCAUAGUUAAAAUGAUGUUCAAUCAAACUGAAUUGGAAUCUCUUCAAGCAGCGUGCGAAUGGGAUGAUGAUUCCUAAGAAUAUAAGAUUCCUCCAUUCAAUUUUAAAGCAAAGAAGGUCAAUUUUCCUAAUCUGCCAUAUAAAUAAGCCAUCGAUUUAAUUGAGCAAGAAAAGGCUGAUCGAAUGCUUGAAAUUAAUUCUCGAUAAACAGAUAAAAAUAGUUACAAUGAUUCUGAAUACAAUUAGAGAAUGACUUCUCCAAUGCCUCAAAGAAAAGAAUCUCAACAAAAAUAAAAUGGAACCAGUUAACCUCAAUUAGAUAGAGCAUAAUUGGUGGCUGAGAAGAUAAAAAUGAAUUAUUAGAUGCUAGAAGAAAAAGAAGGAAAGUAACGUUACUCGAAUGAAGUCUCCAAUCCGUAGUUUAAUGAGAAAAAACCUAAUUCAAAAGUAAUCUUAAGUCCCAUUGAUAAUCGUGGAAAUACAGUGCCUAAUUUCAAUAGUCAAUAUGGUUUUAAUAGCAAUACAAACAACAGCAAUUUAUCAUAGGCUACACCGCCAACAAAUAAGAAAAAUGUUAAUUUAUAGCCUUUAGAAUCAAAACCAUAGCUUCCAUUACCUGAUGAACAGUAAAGAAGAAAAUAACACUAGAGAGUUUAAUAAAUUUGA